AUGAAUGGUCAUUACAGGUUAUUGGAACUGAAAUCAACACAAAUGGAGAUUUAUUAAUACUUGUAACUCAGAGAGAAUUGGCAGAUUUAAGGUUACCUGCGUCAGCAAAACCUAGAAGAGGAUUUUUUGACAAAUUUGUUUAUAACGAUCAAAUAUAUUCAUCACAUCAUCCAACUAAAGUUAAUGACGAUCCUUGGGAAUUAAGAAUGGUUAUCACAGCUUCACAUUUAGAAUUUUUAUGUUUAAAUGAAUUGGAUGUGAUUGCAGUAAAAAUAUUAAAUAUUUCUAAAUCCGAAUCAUUUUUAUCAGAAAAAAAUAUAAUGUUUGGCAACAUUUUAUUUAUACUAUUUGAAAAUGGAAACGUGGCAACUUUUAAUUUAGAUAAAGGUGAACAAGAAAUGAAAUUAGGGAUAGUUAUUAGAAAACAGUGGCAAAUGUAUUUAG